UGCAUGAGAAGUAUAAUGUUGAUAUUAACAUCGCACUUGGUUUCAGUCCUUAUCCAUAAUCAAAAUAAUUGUGCACCUUUCAAACAAUUUUUAUUGAGUCUAAAUAGUAGAAUACCAGAAAAUCUCAAGCAGGAAAAAAAUGUUUUUUUAAUCCUCAUCCUAGGUCUAGCAGAAAAUGUUUGGGAUCCUCUGUCAUCGUCUCAGACAUCCAGACUAGUCAAAUUAAUACUGAAGUUAGUUGAAGGAUAUCCUUCAGUUGUAAAUGGAGAAAAUAAAUACACGCAGACUUUACUAAAGACCAUCAUCUUGAGAAUCAGGAAAGCAGUGGAUGAAGAUGUUUUUGUACCACUUUAUCCAAAGAGUGUGCUGGAAAACAAGAACUCAGGACCCUACCUGUUUUUUCAGCGACAGUUUUGGUCAGCACUUAAGUUUUUGGAUAACAUCUUGCAGUGGACUGGCAUAAUCUCACAUCGAACAUUGCAAGAGCUAACUGUGGACAGUCUUUUAAAUCGCUACAUUCUUCUCGCUCUUCAGAACUCCGAUCCUGGAGAUGACAGCCUGAAGAAAUGUCAGAGUCUCAUCACCUGUUUACCAAAACAAUGGUUUGUCAACCUAAAAGGAGACAAGAGUAUCCCACAGCUGGAAAAUUUCUGCUGUUACCUUGUUCAUUUGGCCGAUACCAUAUACAGGCUAAGCCUUGGCUGUUCUGAUGUAGAAAAACGUACGGCAAGGGAGAAUAUCAAGCAAGUGAUCAAAAUUCUGGCCAUCAUCCAUGCUUUGGACCAUGCAACAGCUGUAGCAAAUGAAUAUGGAGUGAAAGACAUCAAGGCAUUACUUGAUGGGAAAUGAGACUGUGGGACAGAAACAUGAACAUUCCUGCCAUUUGUAUGAUUUUGUACAUAUGUACAGAUGUUUCGUAAAAAAGAUUGAUGGCGUUGUUAAUAACGUUUGUUAUUUAAUAUUUUCCAUCCCUUGUGCUCAAAGGUACAACUAAACUGAAAAACACUCUCUUUCAGCCAGCAUCCUUUACGCAACAAACUGGGAAUGUAAUUUUUUAAAUCCAACCGGGGUUUCUACCUUUUGAAUAUCCACUGACUUCUCUUUAUCAGAAGCAACUGAAUUUGCAAGAUUUUAGUUGUUCUCGUCCAAAUAACUAUGGACUAUAACCGGAGAAGAUUACAUCAAUAUACUGGGAACAAACUGUGAAAAUACAAGUCCAACCUGCAGAUAAAGUUUAAACUCAUUGGGUUGCAUUUGUUUAAUUUAGGAAAAGAUGAAUGACAUUUGUUUUAUCGUUUUAAGAACAUAAUAAAAUAAACUGACCAUUCACUGUG